AUGCCUGAUCCCGCUGCUGCCUGUUCCUGCUGCCGCUCCUGCUGCUGCCUGUCCCUGCUGCCUGCUCCUGCUGCUGCCUGUCCCUGCUGCCUGCUCCUGCUGCUCCUACUACUACAUGUGCCGCUGCUGCUGUUCCUGCCGCUCCGCAGGCUCCCAGGCUGCACCUGUCUCUACGGCUCGGCUCUUUCAGACACGCUCCCCAUCACGCUGCCCAUCCUGCAGCGGCGCUGA